AUCGUAACACUGCCAUCUGGAAUUCUGGAUGGUGAAACGUGAAAUAGUGGUGCAAUAACAACAAAACAAAACGAGCUCACUUUCAAGUUUCACGGUUCCACGCCGGGGACUCAUUUUGCAAAGCUAAUUUCUUUGUUAUUUUAUAACCUUUCAUACCUUAUUUAUUGCUGAUUUUUUGUUUGCCGUUUUGAGUAUCUGUAAUAUAUAAAAUGUCUACUGCAAAUACCUCGUCGCCUGUGAUAGCAUGGGGAGGAAAAGCUGUUGAAGACGUUGCUGGAAAUGUUAGUUUCACCGACGUCAUGUCGGAAGAUCUAGCAAAAACUUUGCAAACAAAGGAAGAUUUGUCUCAAUGGCCUGAGUUAACGGCAUCAGGCAUGGUGGACGAAGCCUCUGGUGGAACAGCAGUUCAGGAAACAGUGAGUGAUGAAAUGUUGGCUCAGUUGCUCCAACUUCAAUUUGAUCAAGAGUAUGACAGAGCCUUGGGUAAAGAAGAAGCCAAAUACAAUGGCACCUCUAAAGUGGGUGUGUCAUAUUCUAAUUAUCGCAAGAUUCCCAAGGGGAGUUUUCUGGAUGAAGAUUCAGAUUCAUUUGACGAUGAGGAAUGGGACAAAACCCACAAAAGUUGGGACAGUUUCGAGUCAGCUGAGAAAGAGUCUCCAACCAUUCCCAAGUCGGGUUACGCUAAAAUGGGAGGAGAGAUCAUCACGAAACACGACACUGUAAUUACUGGUCGCAAGAAUGCCUGCAAAGCCAUGCAACUUGAACAGCUGGAGAUAGGAGACGGUGGCGGUUUCGACAUGAAAUUGAGCAACAAGGUGUACAACAAGCUUAAAACGUUCUCGCACCAAGAACAAAAGAGAGCUGCGCGAUUGAAUGACAAGCACGAGAAAGCUACGGCCACCAUGGCCAUCGAUCCUCGCAGUCGGCUGAUUCUCUUUCGCUUCGUCGACAACAAUAUUUUGGAACGCAUCAACGGUGUCAUCAGUACCGGAAAGGAGGCCGUGAUUCUUCACGCCGAAGGUGGCAACAGCGAGGAGGUAAUCGUUCCCCGCGAAUGCGCCAUCAAAGUUUUCAAGACGACUCUCAACGAGUUCAAAACGCGGGACAAGUACAUCGCCGAAGAUUACCGUUUCAAGAAUCGAUUUUCCAAGCAGAACCCUCGAAAAAUCAUCCACAUGUGGGCGGAGAAAGAGUACCACAACCUGACGAGGAUGCGUGAAGCCGGUCUGCCUUGUCCCGAGGUUGUUUUGCUGAAGAAACACAUUUUGGUCAUGUCUUUUAUCGGCCAAGAGGGUCGACCUGCCCCCAAGCUUCGCGAAGCGAUCCUGUCAACUGCAGAAGUGGAUUUGGCAUACACCCAGACGGUUUCGAUGCUCCAUAAAAUGUUUAACGAAUGUCACCUGGUCCACGCCGAUUUGUCAGAGUACAACAUCCUUUGGCACGAACAGCAGUGUUGGCUCAUCGAUGUAAGCCAAGCAGUGGAGCCGUCACACCCUCACGGCUUGGAGUUUCUCUACCGCGACUGCACCAAUGUUUCAAAUUUCUUCCAGCGAUUGGGCGCCAAAGACGCAGUCUCUCCGGCUGAGCUUUUCUCAUCCGUCAGCGGUUUCAGCGUCGAUGGUUUGGAAGCAGACGUUCUUAGUCAAAUUCGCGACUACGAGCGGAACGAAGAGCAUUUAACUGUCAGCCAUCCCAACCAGAAGGUUUACCCGUUUGAUUAUUGCUGGCAGAAAUCCCAAGAGGCUCGCGUCCAACAACAAAAGCUGGAUUCCCAGAAAGAGGAAGGCUUGUCUGAAGAAGAACAGUGAUCGUCCCAUCCGGUCCACAAAAUUAUUUCACAUUGUUCCUUCUCCCCUUUUGCUGAUUUUUGUAACUGUGGAAAAUUUCAAUAUUGACUGAGAAAGUUACAUCAUGA